UUCAGGAAAGUCAUUGUCACUGUCAAAGAAAUGUGAAAUCGUCAUGACAACAAUUUCGUCAACCUGUAAAAAUGUAUAAAGUGAAAAGAUAAUAAUUGAUUAAUUUAUUAACAUGGUUUUCUUCAAUGUUUGGUCAGUACUACAAUGGUAUUUGAGACCUCUCAUUAAAUGGUUUCUCAGGAAAACAACAAGACUAUGUGAGUUACAAAGGAUAUGUUAUGGCGAUAAACCUGGCGCGGAACGGUCAUGCAAUGUAGAAAGAUCUCUGAUGCUAUCCCGCACUGAAGACGUAAAGCAAGUAGUUUCAUAUUUAGAUACAGUUGUAUAUGAGCGACGUUUUGUUCCUUCUAACUUUCCCGAAAUAUUAAACCCAUCUGUGGCUAUAAUUCUCAGAGCGAAAAAAAUUAAUCCAAAACUACAUGAUUUGUUCAUUGUAUCAUUUCGGCGAUGCCUCGAACAAAUUUGGAGUUACAGAAUGUUAGUACAGGGGGUAGAAGAAAUGCGUAAGGCUCCCUAUGACUGUACAAUCCCUGAUCAUGAAGAGAAACUAUUGAAACUUUGGAGUUUAUUAGUACCCAAUGAAGAUCUAGAGAGUAGAGUGACCAAGCAAUGGCAGUACAUAGGAUUUCAGGGUGAUGAUCCCAAGACUGAUUUCCGUGGCAUGGGUUUGCUUGGAUUGGAAAACUUGUUGUUUUUUGCUUCAGAGUAUCCACAAGCUGCAAGCCAUGUUCUGAGCCAUUCACAUCAUCCAAAAUAUGGCUACACCUUUGCAAUUGUGGGCAUUAACCUAACUUCCAUGGCAUAUUAUUUGCUGAAGGAUGGCUCUGCUAAAACUUACAUGUUUAAUGCUAAACAGUACUUACCCAAUAUGAAUUUGUUCCACAGAUUUUACUGCUACCUUUUCUAUGAAUUUGACAAAAUGUGGAUAGAAUCAAAACCUGAAAAUAUGAUGGAAUUUUCAAUAAUAUUCAAAAGAUUUGAAGAUGCUGUCAGAACUGAGUUAGCUGAUCCAGCCUCAGUAUUUAGAAUCAACAUAGAAAUUGAUACAAUAUAACAAUGACCUGUUGCUAGUCUAAUUUUUUUGGAAGGUUUUUUUAACCUCUAUUUAUUUUGUUCAAGUGUUGUGAUGUUGGGUGCAAGUUCUUGCCACAUUGCCUUGAUAAAGCAAUUCAUUUGAUCUGUCCAGUAUUUACAUAAAACAGAUGUGAGGUGCUGCAAAUUAUAAAUAUUAGUUCAGUGUUUGGAAAAAGGUAAAUUGCCACAAUUUUAUUGACGCCACUGUGAUUCUACAAGGCAUUAACCAUCACAAUUGUACAUAUAAAUAUUGUGUAUAAUCUUAUUUAUUGCUGUGCACUGUUUUAUAAAUUACAUUAUGUUUGUCCCAUACUGAAUGUAUAAUUAAUCCUCAAUUUACAUGUGUGUAGUGUUAAGUACAUGUCUGGUUGUAGCACAUUUUUAAGUACACAACUAAAAAUGUCUAACUAGUAUGCAUGGUUAGUACAUUAGAGGUGUUUGAUACUACUAGUAGUACAUGGUAACCAGGGACCCUAGUAAGAUAACUUGAGUGUGUUUUGUGAAGAUGGUUUGUGUUUGUCAAGAUUUGCUUUAAAUGGUGUUCAAAUAACAUCUGCUUUAAUGUGUGUUUGUAAAUUGUAAUAAAUUA